UUUAGACGAAAGAAAGGGCGAGUAUCUCUCUCUAUAUUUAAGCCUCGCUUCGCGUCCUAUCUAUCAACGCCACCGCUCGCGUCCCUCUCUCUCUCUAUCUCUUCCUCUAAACCUUCAAAUCCUCUCCCCUUCGUUCUCUUCUUCUUCUAAAACCCCUCUCUCUCAACGAUCCUCCAAAUUGUGGCAGAAAAUCCCUCGAUCUGAUAUAUAUAUAUAUAUAUAUUUCUUUUCCUUCACAUUUCGGCUCUUGUAAGGAGAUGCAUUUGGUCGAUCUGAAGAUUGUACGGUGAAAACGCUUCGUUUCCUUGGAGAAAACCCUCAGAUCUUUGAAUUUCUCUCGUUCGAGAGUUGCCGGUCUUCUAGAUUUUACCAAUUGCGAUGGGAUUUCCUGUUGUGAAUGAGAAUUUGAAGGAAAACGGGCACGAAGCCGUUGAUUCUAUCCCUGAAGUGGUGACAAAUGGAUCUGCUGCUAUGGUUAGUAAUGGAAAGGAAAAAACGUUCAAGAUAUUCGUUGGAUAUGAUCCUCGUGAAGAUCUUGCUUAUGAGGUCUGCUGUCAUUCAAUCUUGAAGAGGGCGACGAUUCCGGUCGAAGUGAUUCCGAUCAAACAGUCGGAACUGCGGAGCAUAGGCCUUUACUGGCGUGAGCGCGGCCAGACUGAGAGCACAGAAUUCUCGUUCAGCCGAUUCUUGACUCCAUUCCUUGCCAAUUUCGAGGGCUGGGCGAUGUUUGUUGACUGCGAUUUCCUUUAUACCACAGACAUCAAGGAAUUGACGGAGUUGAUCAAUGACAACUACGCAAUUAUGUGCGUUCAGCACGAUUACACGCCCAAAGAGAGCACUAAGAUGGACGGUGUUGUGCAGACGGUUUAUCCUAGGAAGAAUUGGUCUUCGAUGGUCUUAUAUAACUGCGGGCAUCCGAAGAAUCGGAUCUUGACGCCUGAACUGGUGAAUUCUCAGACGGGAGCAUUUCUUCAUAGGUUUAUGUGGCUUGAUGAUCAAGAUAUUGGAUCGAUCCCUUUUGUUUGGAAUUUCCUCGUGGGUCAUAACCAUGUUGAUGAGAAUGAUCCGUCAACCGCCCCCAAAGCCAUACACUAUACAACUGGUGGGCCUUGGUUUGAGGCUUGGAAGAACUGUGAUUUUGCAGAUCUGUGGAUAAAAGAAAUGGAGGAGUACAAAAAGGCUAUGAAUCUUGUUUGAAUAAACGGGGGAAGAAUAAGAUGGUGAAUGAGGUAGCAUAUCAAUGCAGCAGUUCAAUAUAUUUAUAUAUUUUUUUCCAAUCCAUUCUUUUGUUGUAUUUUCUCUUUGAAGGGUCUGUAUCUCAAGAAUGUAGUAAGUAGGUACUUGCUUUUGUGAAAGCUGUCAUUUUCUUUUGGUGUUAUUACAAUAGGCAUUGCAGUUAACUGAUGAUGUAAGUAAUGCUUCAUUGUUACUAUUGUCCUUAAAUUUCAAAUUUCAUAGGCAAUCUAAUACUUGCUGUUAGUGCGGA